CACGGCGUGGGCGGCUCGCUGGCCAUCUGGAAGGCGCAGCUGGACUUUUUCGUGCACCUGGGCUACGAGGUGGUGGCGCCCGACCUGGCCGGCCACGGGGCCAGCUCGGCGCCGCAGGUGGCAGCUGCCUACACUUUCUACGCGCUGGCCGAGGACAUGCGGGCCAUCUUCAAACGCUACGCCAAGAAGCGCAACGUGCUGAUCGGGCACUCCUACGGCGUCUCCUUCUGCACCUUCCUGGCCCACGAGUACCCGGACCUGGUACACAAAGUGAUCAUGAUCAAUGGUGGCGGCCCCACGGCCCUGGAGCCCAGCAUCUGCUCCAUCUUCAAUAUGCCGGCGUGCGUCCUGCACUGCCUGUCGCCCUGCCUGGCCUGGAGCUUCCUCAAGGCCGGCUUUGCGCGCCAAGGGGCCAAGGAGAAGCAGCUGCUGAAGGAGGGCAACGCGUUCAACGUGUCGUCCUUCGUGCUGCGGGCCAUGAUGAGUGGCCAGUACUGGCCCGAGGGCGACGAAGUCUACCACGCUGAGCUCACCGUCCCCGUGCUGCUUGUCCAUGGCAUGCACGACAAAUUUGUGCCCGUGGAGGAGGACCAGCGCAUGGCUGAGAUCCUGUUGCUGGCCUUCCUGAAGCUCAUCGACGAGGGCAGCCACAUGGUGAUGCUGGAGUGCCCCGAGACGGUGAACACGCUGCUGCACGAGUUCCUGCUCUGGGAGCCCGAGCCCUUGCCGGUGGGGUCGGGCAUGCGCAGGAGGAGCCUGGUCUGCUUCCGGCCUGCGAGCUCAGCUUCGUGCGGUCCUGUAGCUGGGCCCACGGAGAAAGACCGUGUACAGAAGCCCCGCCGCUCUGUCUUCCGUGUCACCUGUGCUUGUCCUGGGGCCCUCCUCGGAGGUCCUGCCCCGUUGCCCGAGACCCGCACCCCUGCCCUACUCCUCGACGCUAGGAGCUAUUGUUGCCCAAGGGUGGAGGGUCUGAUGCCGCCGAACCUGCACAUCCCAACUUUACUGGGGUGUCUGAACUUCACACUGGGGCCCGUUCCCUUCGAAAUUUCCCUUUCCCCGCUGGCUUGA